AUGGAUCUCCAACAAAAACCCUCAUCUGUCAACCAAAACCUUCUCUCCUCUCCAAUCUUCUCCAAGAAAGCGCUCACCUCGUCACUACUCUGCCCCCUCGUUCUUCUCGUCGCCAUCUUCAUCAUCACCGUCGCAACCCGCCCCUUCCCGCCGCAGUCUCUUCUCUCCGUUAAUAGCUUCUUCUCCCAGGCCCUGCCGAGAAGCAGCCCAAAACCGGCGUCUGAAGUUUGUGAUUAUUCCAGUGGGAAAUGGGUUUGGGACGAGAACUAUGCUCUUCGAUCGUAUUCCGAAGAAUGCUCGUUUCUCGAUCCGGGGUUUAGGUGCCGGCAAAACGGCCGGAAAGACGACGGUUACCGGAAAUGGCGGUGGCAGCCGGCAGGGUGCGAUCUUCCGAGAUUCAAUGCCAGUGAUCUACUGGAAAGGGGCCGCAACGGCCGGAUAGUAUUCAUCGGCGACUCCAUAAGCCGGAACCAAUGGGAGUCCUUACUCUGCAUGCUGGCUCAGGGCGUCUCGAACCGCUCCACCAUUCACGAACUGAACCGUCAGCCCAUCACCAAACACAAAGGCUUCCUCCGGAUGCAGUUCCCGGAACACAACCUCACCGUCGAGUACUACCGGGCGCCGUUCCUCGUAUCAACCCACCGGAAGCCGCCGAACUCGUCCAAGGAAGUCCGAGGAACCAUCAGGGUGGACGCGCUGCACUGGUACUCGGCCAAGUGGGCCGGAGCCGACGCGCUCGUGUUCAGCGCCGGCCACUGGUGGAACAACGGCAAGACGAUAGACUCAGGGGUCUAUUUCCAAGAAGGGGAGAAAGUGAACACGACCAUGGAUGUUAUGGAGGCGUUUCGGAGGUCGUUGCAGACCUGGAAAUCAUGGGCGAUGCGGAAUUUAGAUCUUGCCAGAAGCCAUGUUUUCUUCCGGAGCUACUCUCCAGUGCAUUACAGGAACGGGACAUGGAAUGAUGGGGGAAGGUGCGACACUGAUGCAACACCAGAAACCGACUACAGGAAGAUGGAAGAAGAGCCAGCGAGCAACUGUUUCAUAUCUGAUGUAAUUGAACAGAUGCGCAGUUCAUCCGAAAGAAAAGUGCAGCUCUUGAACAUCUCGUUCCUGACGGAGCUAAGGCACGACGGUCACCCGUCGUUCCACCGGGAGCCCGGCACACCGGCCGACGCUCCUCAAGACUGCAGCCAUUGGUGCCUUCCCGGCGUUCCUGAUACCUGGAACGAAAUUCUCUACGCCCAGCUACUGUCAAAGGGAUUCAAAACCAGCAGCAGCAGCAGCUUAAAAUGA